GCCCGCCAGGGUGAAGCCGGGACUCGGAGCCGGUCGCGCCGCAGUGGAGCGGAGCAUAGGGAGCCAGCCGUCGCGGCGUCCCCGCCGGUGGGACGUGAAGGCAGAGGGCAGCCGCGGCGCUCUUCUGCCGGAGCCCCGCCGGCGCGGAGCGGUGAGGGGCGGCGGCACCGCGACGGCGGGGAGCAGCCCCCGGGGUCGGUCGGGCUGUCGGGCGGCGGGGCCAUGGCGCUGCGGGCCCGGGCGCUGUACGACUUCAGGUCGGAGAACCCGGGAGAGAUCUCGCUGCGGGAGCACGAGGUGCUGAGCCUCUGCAGCGAGCAGGACAUCGAGGGCUGGCUGGAGGGCGUCAACAGCCGCGGCGACCGCGGCCUCUUCCCAGCCUCCUACGUGCAGGUGAUCCGCGCGCCCGCCGCCGAGCCGCCGGCGCCCGCCCGCUACGCCAACCUCCCCGCCGGUGGCUUCGAGCCGCUGCCGCCGCCCGCUGCCUUCAAGCCGGCGGCGCAGCAGAAUCCGCCCGCGGCGGCGCCCGAGCCCUUCUCGUUGCCCCUCGCCGCCGGGUACCCCUUCCCGGCGGCGUCCUAUGGCGGCACCUACCAGCCCAGCCAAGGCAGUGAUGACGACUGGGACGACGACUGGGACGACAGCUCCACCGUGGCCGACGAACCGGGUGCCUUGGGUAGCUCCUACCCCGACUAUGAGGCAGCGGGCGGUGGAGCACCCAGCCGCUACCGCCUGUCCACCCAGUCCGACCUCUCCCUGGGCUCCCGUGGCGGCGGUCACCCGGCGAGCCACCCGCACCCGCCGGGCGGCAGCGGCGCCAAGAGCUCGGCCACGGUGAGCCGCAACCUCAACCGCUUCUCCACCUUCGUCAAGUCUGGCGGGGAGGCCUUCGUGCUGGGUGAGGCGUCGGGCUUUGUGAAGGACGGGGACAAGCUUUGCGUGGUGCUGGGCCCCCGUGGGCCCGAGUGGCAGGAGAAUCCUUAUCCCUUCCAGUGCUCCAUUGAGGACCCUACCAAGCAGACCAAGUUCAAGGGGAUGAAGAGCUACAUUGCGUACAAGCUGGUGCCCAGCCACACUGGGCAGCAAGUGCACCGCCGCUACAAGCACUUUGACUGGCUCUACGGGCGUCUGGCCGAGAAGUUCCCUGUCAUCUCUGUGCCGCAUUUGCCAGAGAAGCAGGCUACUGGCCGCUUUGAGGAGGACUUCAUCUCCAAACGUCGCAAAGGCCUGGCCUGGUGGAUGGACCACAUGUGCAGCCACCCUGUGCUGGCGCAGUGCGAUGCCUUCCAGCACUUCCUCACCUGCCCCAGCACAGACGAGAAGGCCUGGAAACAAGGCAAGCGCAAGGCUGAGAAGGACGAGAUGGUGGGUGCCAACUUCUUCCUGACCAUCAGUGUCCCCACAGGCCCUGGGGCCAGCCUGGACUUGCAGGAGGUGGAAAGCCAGGUGGAUGGCUUCAAAGCAUUCACAAAGAAGAUGGACGAGAGUGCACUGCAGCUUAACCACACAGCCAACGAGUUUGCCCGCAAACAAGUCACUGGUUUCAAGAAGGAAUAUCAGAAAGUGGGGCACUCAUUCAAGUGCCUCAGUCAGGCGUUCGAGCUGGAUCAGCAGGCCUUCUCAGCUGGCCUCAACCAAGCCAUAGCCUUCACUGCAGAAGCCUAUGAUGCCAUCGGGGACCUCUUUGCGGAUCAGCCUCGGCAGGACCUAGAUCCUGUGAUGGAUUUGUUAGCUCUGUAUCAGGGGCAUUUGGCCAACUUUCCUGACAUCAUUCACGUCCAGAAAGGAGCCCUUACCAAAGUGAAGGAGAGCAAGCGGCACGUGGAAGAGGGGAAGAUGGAGCUGCAGAAAGCCGAGGGCAUUCAGGAACGCUGUAACAUUAUUUCUUUUGCCACCCUAGCGGAAAUUAACCAUUUCCACAGAAUUCGUGUGAGGGACUUUAAGUCACAGAUGCAGCAUUUCUUGCAGCAGCAAAUACUCUUUUUCCAGAAAGUGACGCAAAAGCUAGAAGAAGCUCUUCACAAGUACGACAGUGUGUAACUCUGAGCUGGGGUUGGUGGACUUGCCCCAGCACAGAGGUGAGCCAGGUGGCACAGCCAGUGCUGCUGCUCCCAAAGAGCUGCUGCCAGCGUCCGGCGGUGGUACAGGCCUGGUCCUGUGUCCCCCUGGAACCUCAGUUUAAUCUCGGCUAUAUAGAAAGGAAACAGUUAUAGGGCUAUGUAGUAGCAACAGUACCGCGCAUUAUAACUAAGUUAUACUGUGUACGCCUACACUACCAUUGUAACGUUUUGAAGUAAUGAGUAUACUCUUUGCCUUACUGCUUUUGAGAUAGGGUAUCUUAGUGCAUACUUGGUAGACCUCAGAACUUUUUGGGUCUUUAAGGAAGCCGGUUAGAAAAAAGCCUGCUUCAGAUGCCUUUUACUUUCCUGCAUUUGGAUUUCCUAAAUUCAAAUGAUUCUCUGUUUACAGACUCCUACUAGAGCAGCUAUGUGAUUCUGUGCCUUUAGAAUCUACUUUUCCUUUCCUAGUAAGUCACGUUUUUAUGAUGGAAUGAAUGAAGGGUUGAUUCCUGUAACAGAAACUGGUUAUGAAACCUCACAUCGAUUGGAAAAAAUCAGUUUCCAUCCAGUUUGCACCGCAAGUAAUGUCUUACGGCAGAUGCGUGCUGGAAAAAGAGACCUUGCAUCUCUUCACGCUUUCCCUGAAAGCAGAAACUCCUUGUUGGGUGUUCUGGGAUACUAAGCACAUAUUAAAAAGUACACCACUUAAUUCCUCUUCCAAAAUCAAUCAUACGGUGAAGGUUUUGUUUUUCAGCAGACAGCAUUACCGUGACUUGAAAUUUGAAGAGCUAGCCUAGUGAAGACUAUGCUUAUCAAGGGGAUAUGAAUACAAGCUGUGUGGCUUGGAAUAUUGUUUCGACUUUGAAAUGAUCUGCUCUUUGUUCAGUUGCCGAUCCUGUUCAAAUUAGAUUUGCUUCUGUGUUGCCAUUUUCUUGAGUUGAAACUCCACUGUGAUUCUUUAGUUUACUAGGUCGUGAGUUUUCAGGGACGUUCAGUCAUCGAUGUGGGCUGAACUGACUUGGAAAAGAGGUGGCAUUUGUAUGUUUGUAACACUUCAAGAAUUAACAAUUGUCUUAAUUUUUGUAUGGAUAUUUUCAAUGAGCAGGGUGCAUUUAUAUAUAUAUGUGUAAACACUAUCUUUUGAAGAGUUUCCUGGCUUCUCUCCAGUUAAGUCUGAAGUCUCUGUCUCUUACCUAUUAGUUUUCUUCUUAAGGUCAAUAUGAAAGGGGAUUUAUAUUUAUCCUAUCUUUUUUUAAAUCUGAAACAAAAAUAACGAAACCUUACAAGUACACAAAACAUUUGCAUUUUCGGGUUUUAAUUAAAUUAAUCAAAGACCACUUAAACAGAUGAAAGCCUGGGAAAUGGAGCUAAGCUGCUGUUACAUUUAAGUACCAGUCAUUCCUUACCUAUAUGACAGAAAUGUGCAAUUCUUUUCACUCAGUUGUGUGAGUUUGUGUAGCUUAACUCCACACCUGUCUCAAAGGAAUAAGCAUAAGAAUGUAGUCUUGGCUUUAAGAUUCAUCCUCGAAUGUUUGGGAAUUACUGCUUUGACAAGUUGUGUUUGGCAGUGCUUCUGGUGUAUAUCCAAAGAAGUAAAAUACAGAAGAGGAAGAGCCCUAGUAUUUUUAAAAGAAAUGGCAGUCAGUGAGGAAAGAUGUUAUUUCCAGACUGCAAGCAGCACAGUUGACCAUAAAAUAAGAACUGUAGUCAACAGGACCAACUUGCCCUGCUUCUUCCUUCUGGAAUCUCAGCCUACAUUGAAAACUCACCACUUCCCCUGACAGCUCUUCCCAGCAGUAUUCCAGCUUCCCAUAUAUCCUUUAAUUAUCUGAGAUAAUGAUAGCUAAGAUUCAGCUAAGUUCUAUGGCCUAAGCCAAAUACUGUUUUGGUUUAUUUUUAAAGUCUUUGCAGUUAUUAUAUCUGACUACAAUCAAAUAAUUCUACACUGAGGUAUUAAGACUGUUCAGAAGUUGAUCUUAGUCCCGUUGCAGUAUUUCUGGGAGGUUAGUGUUAAGGACAUGUACGUGUCUGGGACGAAAUUAAGCUGUGAUAUGUAUACAUACGACUUGAUCAGACAGGUACAGUUUUUCCCAAAUAAACUGUCAUGGCCUUCA